AUGGCCGAGGAGGACACCCUGGCGCUAUCUCUCGUCAGCCAGCGCUCGCCGGGGACGGCCGUGGAGGCGGAGUCCGAGCGGCCGGCGACGGGGGACGCCGAGCGCGCGCGCCGCCGGACCAUGUCCAGGCUCUACGCCGAGCUGGGCGCGCUGCUCCCCAACCUCCCCCCGGGCGCGUCGACGACGCAGAUCGUGGAGGAGGCCACCGCGUGCGUGCGGGAGCUGCGGGAGAAGACGGCGGAGCUCGAGGCGUACAGCGCUGUGGCGGCCGCGCUCGACGGCGCCGACGUCGUCGCGUCCGGGCAGACGUGCUGCUUCGCCGUUCGGCUGCGGGCGGCCAGGCCGGGGGCGCUGACGCGCGUGCUCGAGGUGUUCCAGCGGCACGGCGUUCCCGUCCUCGCCGCCACCGUGGCACGCCACGGCGAGGAGACCGCGGUCACCGUCACCGCGGCGGCGGCGACGCAUCGAGUCCUGGAGACGAUCAAGGCGGAGAUCAUCUGCGCCGUUUGAUGUGUUGAUUUGCACCUUCGUUUUGGUCCCUCUUACAAAAUUUUGGGUACAUGAAAAGAAUAGUAGAUGAACACAACUGGAUGUCUGAAUCCUUACUUUACUUACUUGCACUGUCUGGUUAAGAUUUUAGAAUACAUAUAUUUUUGGUUUGUUAAUUUUUUUCACUUAUGAGGAGCAAAGAUAUUCAAAAUCAUGUUUAUGACAAUAAAUUACA